AUGGGCGUUUACACAGCUUACUACUGCGGACUGUUGCUUGUCCUCCUUAUCCAGGUCCAUGCCAGACCCAGUCCACAGCAAAGCCUCCGGGCUUUGACCGGACAAUUGGAGGAGAUUGAGCGCCUUCUGACUAAUGAAGAGCUAGACAACGAAGCAGAGGAGACAUCACCGGUUGACAUCUCCUUCGACCUACAAAAUGCCCAGCGCGAACUGGGAUGGGACGGGAACUUGCAGGACCUCGAAAGCAGACACACAGUUUCUGAUGGUUCCUUGCUAAGACUCCUCCAAGACAUUACCAAUGGUCCUCUAAGAUCCAAGACUAGAAGCAAGAAAGGGUCAAGAAGAGGCUGCUUUGGAAUGAAACUGGAUAGAAUUGGUGCAAUGAGCGGCCUGGGAUGCUGA